GCUGCUGCUGCUUGCUGCCGGCUGCCUGCUCCGCGCUCCGCUCCCCAGACCGCUUUCUUCCUUUUGUUUUUAUUUUUUGAAUUUUUUGUGGUUUGGUUUUUUUUUUUUUUUUUUAAGUCCUUUAUUUUGGCGUUGAUGCUCUGCGAGCGGGAGACUUCGGGAGACGCGGUCCUCACCUGAGCGAUCCAGCCCCAUUCCCCCGUUUGAAGGCUGUUAAUGGAGAAGAGGGCGGAUGACAGCCGGGACCGUGGUCAUCACAGGUGGAAUAUUAGCGACUGUCAUUUUGCUAUGUAUCAUCGCCGUCCUCUGCUACUGUAGGCUCCAGUAUUACUGCUGCAAGAAGGAUGAAUCCGAGGAGGACGAGGAGGAGCCCGACUUCGCCGUGCACUCCCACAUCCCGCCGCUCCACUGCAACCGCAACGUAGUGCUGACCAACGGCCCGUCCCUCUACACCUCGUCCCCCUUCACCAAGAAGCCGACCCCGACCCGGUCCAGCUGCCCCGGCUGCGGCCCCUACGAGCCCCCCUAUGAGCCCCCCACCUUCUUCCUUCAGGAGCCCCCCGAGGAGCUGCACAACGGGGGCGACCGGGUAAGCUACAAGACGGUGAGCCAGGAGGAUCUGGCUCUGCCGGUGAGCGUGUCCAACCUGCAGGCUCUCAACCCCAACCGGCUCUCGGCCAUGCGCGAGGCCUUCUCCCGCAGCCGCAGCAUCAGCACCGACGUGUGAGGGGCCGGCGUGUGAGGGGCCAGCAUCCCAUCGUGCCUCCUCGCACCUGCCGGGGCUCUGAACGGCGAAGAGAACUCGGUGAAGUUCUGAAAAAGAAAAAAAGGAAAAGAAGUGAAUGUAUUUCUACCAGGGCUGAACGGCAGCGUGAAGGGGUAGUGAAGCACGCCCGAAAGGGGAGCGUGGGGGAGGAUGGUUGCAGCUGGGACGUGAGGUUUUCUAGUGCUGCGUUGCAUUUUUUUUUUUUCUUUUGUAAAGAGGAUUUUGAUACUUGGAGCAUCCUUUUCUACGGAGUACCCACCCCUCCUCACCUGGAACGCUGAGGGACGGUGAGCAAAUAGGGUUGGCUGCACAGGGUUGGCUGCAGAAUGGCUCAUGCUGCGAGUCAGCAGCCAGCUGCUGCCAUGACGUGGUGGCCCUGAUGUGCACACACAUGUGUGCACACACACACACACCCACCCUAAUAGGUUCUCAAGCAAAGCAGAGCUGCUAUUGCCCACCCUUCUACCACCCCUUCCUGCAGUGCUCUGUACUGCAGCCAUGGGAGUGUGCAUGUGUGCGUGUGCACAGCCCUGCACUAUUCCCAGGCCACCUCGCUCCUCAAGUCAGUCAUUAAUUCCCGAGUGACAGGCACAAUCCCUUCAGGGCUGGGAUGGCGGGUGCAUGCACAGCCUAUCCCUGCCCCUGGAGAUCCUGGAGUGACCUCACAGUUCCCUGAUGGAGGGUGCAAACCCAUUGUGUUGCCUGGCUAUGGGAAUAACACACAGCACACUUUUGGAUUGAGGAAUACCUCUCUGAAUAACCCAUCCCUUCUCCGAGUAAUGCCAUAAACAACUUCUAACUGAGGCUCUGUGUCAUCACGUAUGUGCCCACCCCAAGCAUGCACAUUUUUACAUGCAUUUAUUUGUCUUCUUUAAUUUUUCUAAAAAUCCAUGAUGCUUUUCACCCAUCCAGAGAUGUGUCAAAACACUUCAGAUUUAGGCAAAACCUCCUCUUUAGCAUUUUUCAUUGAGCCCUUUCCCACGGCCGGGCAGCCUGGCUGUGGCACCAGCUCUGUCCCUGCUCCUCCAGCCACACUGGAUCUGGUCAGGGCAGUGCUGGGAGAGCAGCAGGCACAGAGCUGGUCACUGAGAGUGUCCCUCUGCACCAAGCAUGCUGUAAAGGAACCCUUUUAGUAUUUCAGUGCUUUAGGAGAGGAAUUGCACGUUGCAGCAGUGUCUAGAGGGGGACUCACGCUCCAGUCUCUCCUGGCUGUCUCCAUUCCUCCCCUCAACCUCGCCAUACUCCCAGUUUGUGUGACAAAAAGCACCCUGUUUCUCCUGGAUUAUACAUUAUUCAGGUUAAAAGCAUCACGCUGGACCUGGGGGCGGCUGGCAGAGGACGGACUGGCUGCACAGAGACUCCAGUGGCCCCAGUGCUGUGCUCUGGGUCAGCUUUCCUUUUUCAAGAUGUUACAGGAAGAAACAGCCGUGGCUCCAGCCCCAUGGGCUCACAGACACUGUGCUGCAGCCCAGCUGGGUACUUUACUUUUAACCACGAGGGCUUUUAAUUCCACAGGAAAUCUUUUGAAGUACAAGUCAGUCUUUGCAAAUGAGUAUCUUCGACUUUCUCGGGGGGGUUCUGUUUGGGUUUGGGGGGGGAGGGGGCCAGGGUUGGUUUCGUACGUGUUUAAUAUUCUGGGCUCGGUCCCUGAGGUGCUGCAUCCCGGGAGCACGAUGCCUCUGCUCCGGAGGGAUGCAGCCACUCGGGCCAUGCUCCCAUGUACAGUUCUCACCGGGGUUUGUUUCCACGCCUUGAGCCCUUUCUCUCCCCGUUUCUCGUGACCGUACUUCUCCUCCCAGCCUUCCUUCCUUUUUUCCCUUAUUUCUUUCCCUUGUAGCUUGGAAACUAAGCGGACGGUUGGCUUUCACUAACCUUCACCUGGUGAUCUGUUGUACAGGACUUUGGGGAUCUCGGGGGAGGGAAAGUAAAAAAAGAAAUAAAAUAAAA